AUGCUCCUAUACGAUACUGAACCCACGGACUAUUGGUUUGGCGUCGGAACCCACCGAUCUGCCCCCGAGUUUACGUCUCCAAAGCUGACUACUGCUGAUUUCGGUACGCAUUCAAUGAAAAAAGGCCGUCAUGUGACUGAAAAAGUUACGAAUGGUGUUGGCGCUACGGCUGCGGCCGAUGGCGCCUGCGCCCCUGAUACGAUCGGUGGACGACAGGCAUGUGAUUUAAUCGUCUUUGACCAUUAA